UCGAUAAAACACCGAGUAUUACUUAUUUAUUCACAGAUUGUAAAAAAAAAUGAAUAAUCCGUUGUAUCACGAUUUUCAGGAGUUUAAAUUUUCUACAAAAAAUAAGAUCUAUAAGGAUGGCGCUGUGGAGCUGUUGCAAAAUUUCGACGAGAGCGAGGGCACUCCCAACUCGUCGGACGACAGUCUGCUGAGCGGUCAGCAACUGCUGGACUGCGAUAUUUGCGGCGAACGUUUCACCUCGAAGAAGCCGCUGCGCGUCCACAUUAAUACUCACCUAAGAAAGCUGCGUAUCGUCCUUAAAAGAGUUGCGAACCCAAAAGUAGUGAAGGUGAAGAAGGACACGUACUGGCUGGACCCGGAGAAGACUGGCCUUCUGAAGUUGACUCUAAAGAAGCAAAGCAUAAAGAGUCCAAGCGAUUCUCUGAAACUCACCCUGAAGAAAUCCUCCGAAUCGGAAGAUUUCACAGUAGUGAACAAUAAUUUUCACCUGGGCAUCGAUUACUAUCCAGAGAAAGACGUGGCAGGUGCCAAGGAAAAUGAUCCGAGAGGCGACAAGGCAGCGGAGAACUCGAUCAACGAACCUUUUGAAAACGUGAUGGUGGAUCAACAAGAUGAUUAUGACAAUAGCAAGUUGGACACCGACCAUCACAAUCCUCUGGAAGAGAAUGAAAGGCCGUCCACAGAUAUCAACGAGAGUGACUCUGAUGUAGGGAGUGAUAUGGCAAAUCCAUCUGAGAAAGAUGAUCAAAAUGCUGACGAUACGCAAAGUGCCGAUAACUUUGACAAUUCUGAGAAAAGGCUUUCAGAAACGGAAGACCAUGAGGAGACGGAUGCUUUGGAAGCGACGUGUAGGGAAACUAUUGAAAACUUGAAGAAACUUGGUGAGCAAUCGAGCUCUAGAUCAGCUAGUCAACUGAUCGACAGUUCAUCGGUAGAAGAAGAAGAUGAUGAUAGGAAUCAUGAGUCUAACAUGAUACAUAAUCUUGAGCAGAAUCCUGCCAUCAGCAUUAACCCAAAGUCUUUCACCUUUUCUAAUCAUGCAACUGAACGUGCUCCGAUAUGCGACAAUGAAGAUAAAAACAGGGAAUCAACUGAUGCAUCGCAGACACAAGGUUUUAAUUGGACUCAACUAUCCGAUUUAUCAAACAAGAGCAAUGAAGACUUCAACAAAGAAGAUAGUGAACAACAGGGAGAUACUUGCGGCGAUGCUAACAUGGACAACGCCGGAUCAAUUUUACAGAGUUUUCUCAUCGACCAUCAAAGACGCAAUCCAAACGAGGUAUCGCUGUCGAACAAUAUGUCAUCGAACGAAACAGCGGAGUACGUGCCCCUUGAGAAAUUGGCUGAGACCGUCAACACAUGUCGUGUCUGUAAUGAGAAAUUCAAAGACAUCACACAUCUGGAUGAACACCGAAGCAAGGCUGGUCACUAUCAGUGCAAUAUACCAGAAUGCGCACAUCUCAUCUUCCACACUACGAUGGAAGUGUCGAUACAUCGGGCACAAGUACAUGGUACCCCGCUCUCACCAAGCAUGAGUCAGUUGUCCCCCCAUCAUUUAUCGUCGAACACAAAUACAUCGCACCUGAGCCAAAACACACAUUCGCCUCAUGCCAUUUCUGUUACACCUGUAGAGACGCCAUCGAAUGGUUCACAUCAACUCAGUAGGACUUCGCCCUUAACGUCGCCACAUCAUGCAAAUUCACCGACAUUUAAUACGGCGGUGACAGUAGCAGCACCGGGUGGUGUUGCUGGCCAACAAAUGCAAAUACCGCCGGUAAACUUUGAACAACUACCACCACCUGUGCAACAGCUGGCCCAGCAAGUGCAGCGUAUGCCUCUUCCACAGGCGCAAAUGCCCCCUAGUCUUCCUCCAGGAGCCAAUACAAUGAUACCAGGGCCAAAUUAUUUUGUACAGCCGCCAGGACGGCCACCAUUGUACAGAGUACCUGGUCCACAAGGUUUACACUAUCCACCGCAUAUGGCGCACUUAUAUCAAUAUGGACCAGGUCCAUACCCUCAAAUGGCCGCUCCUCCUCCACAAAUGCAUCCCCAAAUGCCCCAACAAGUUCCACGGGGACGAUAUCCGUCUGCAUCUGUUGUUCAAAACAACAGAGCACCACGGUUACCACAGACCGCUGGUCCAGUUCCUCGACAGCGAAUGAAAAGACCCCUACAACAACCUAUGCAGCAACAAAAUAACACUCCUGCAAAACAGAGGCGUAUGGACGUUUUAUUACCUGAUAGAAAUGAAGAUGCAGACUGCCAUGUCAUAGCUCAACAGAAGAGAAAUGACGGAUUGCCUGUUAUUCAAAAUGUUCAAGGGGCCACUACGCAACAAAGUAGAAACGAUUCUACAAUACACCUCACGGAUUCUAUUACUCUAAGUGUUCGACAACCUGGUUCCAUCCCAGCUCAAGUCCAGAACACGUCGAACCAAGGGGGAAAGAAAUCCGACGCCAAGGCGGUGGCAAAUGUCCUCGCGGCUCGAGGUAUAACCGUUACUCCAGCUGCAAAUAAAAAUAAGACAAGUGAACAAAACAAACAGCAAAUACCCCCCCAGCAGCAGCAGAGGCCACCACCUUCACAGCAGCCUUUAAAUGUUACAGCGCUCAAUCUGAAUUCUGCUAUUUCUAUCAUACCAACUAGUUCACAAAGAAAGCAGCAAGAACAAGGGCAGUUUGCUGUUCCGCAAAAUAAGCAAAACAAAUCGCCAAUCAAUGAUCAAGUUGAACGACCACCGAGACCACCCACCGUGGAUCUUACUCAGGAUACUCCGCCACAGAUGCCAGUGGUUAGGCGUGGUCGGCCACCUAGAGCAUUACUAACGUGUCAGGUAUGCGACAAGAAUUUUCAAAAUCAAGACAUGUUAACACAGCAUAUGGCGACUCAUCGAACGACAAGCAAAUUGCUUCAUAGGUGCAAUCUUUGUCCAGCUCAAUAUCCCACAGUUCAGGCAUUGACAACGCACAAACAGACUUAUCAUAAAGAAGUCGAUACCGUGGCACAAAACGGAGGCACAGAAUUGGCUUUGCCGGUUGUGGAUCUAAAAUCGCCACACGUCUUGAACCGCUUGGCGAACUUGGGCAUUCAAAGUUACAUACCGUUGUCGCAGCUAAGUGCUCAAACUGGUGGUUAUUUUGGUUUACCUAUAAUCACAAUAGACGGUGCAAGAAAUACAAGCAUCUGUAAUUUGGGUGCGCUUGGUGCUACCUCCAUAUUAAGUCUCGGUCCUCUUAAGCAUAUAUCGAACGGAUAAACUGUGGACGAACUCGCAUUUGGCCUAUUCCAUGUGUGCAAUCACAUUACUAUUUUAUUAUUCUUGUAUUCAAAUUGGUUUACUUGUUGCUGUAUUGCCAAUGACCAUGACACACAUGACAUGUCCUAAUUUUUGAGGAGAAAACCGUGAUAUAGUUUAAGUAAAGUCGUCAUAAAUGCGACAUUAUAUAUAUAUAUAAAGAAUAUAUUGAAAUAUGUUCUUUAUGUAAGAAAUCCAUGCGAGAUUUAUGAAUUUUUUUUAUCUUAUUACGAAAAGAGAAUUGUCGACGACUGGCUUAGACGUAACAUUUGUUAAUUUAUAUUUAUAGACUUAAAGCAAUACAGUAUUCUUCGCAUGAAAACUUUUCUGAUUAAAAUUAUACUACAUUUUGAUAAAAUAAGAUUUUAAGACCCAGUUAAAUCUAGAAAAUUAACCCUUUUGCUACGGCAGAGCGCUAACCGAGGAAACGUUAUCGUCAUACGAGAGAGCCGCGAAUAUGCUUGGCCACGGACAGAGUUUAAAAUUCAUUAUUUAUAAAUAAUGCGACAGAUUCAUAUCUUACAAUAACUAUUUUGCUUGUAACUAAAGACAAAUGAAUAAAAAGUUUCCUAUAGGAAACAAGUCUAAAAAAUUAAAUUUUUAGGAAACAAAUAAACUUAUUUUCAAACCGCUUAUUGUGUAAAUGUAGGGAAAAAAAUGGGGACCCUUGGGCAGUUGUAAGGGUUGAACAUUGCCUUUUAAAGUUUAGGAAGACCUCAUCCUCACAGUGUUUAGUUUACUGUUGAAAACAGUAGUCACGGUUAUAAAUAGUCAAAGUGGUGUCCUAAACUUUACACAAGAAAAUUUAAAAGGUAGUAACCAAUCCUUCUGACUGCCUGAGAGUCCCAUUCUUCUAAUUUUUCUUUACAUAUAACAGAUAUGACAUUCUAGACAUAUAAAUAUAAGAACAAAGUUGCAUAUUUCGAUUAAUAUUUUAAAGAUUCAUCAAAAGAAAAAAUGAAAAACCUGUGGAUUUAUUUGGUUCUUCCAGACAUUUUAUAUUUAUUUAUUUAUAUCUAUUUAAAUUUUUACCAGAACAAAAUUGCUAACGAUGUAAUAAUUUAGAGAGAAUAAUUUAGCAUCUUAUUACCCAGAUUUGUAAAAAAUAGAUUUAUUUGGUUUUUGUAAGAAAUCCUUCAAGUGUUUCGUAAUAAAUUGCAACGAAUUUAAACAACACAUUUGUCUAAGAAUACAUUCCGAAAUAUACCGAUUGUUAAAAACAGCACUAUUAUUAUUAUGAUACAAAUGUAUUGACUAUUGAAAGUUCAUUAUUUACGUUAUAUAUAGAUUUUCAAUAUUAUCAGUAUAUUUCAGAAUGUACCAAAAAUAUUUUUGAAAUGCUUUAGACAUGAGUGUCUAAAAGAACUCAAAACUUGAUCGGUUUAAUCGUUAUUGAGAUCAGAUCUCAAAUGCUCGCAAUUCACCGACUCACAUAAAAAUAGAUGAUCUCGCGUUACGCUUUUAUUGACGUGAGCCAAUAUUGUGUCUCUUGAUAUCCUUGAUGUUUUUAAAACAUCUGUAAGACACUGUAUGACAUGCAUAUAUGAAAACUUAUUUAUCUUUGUGCAUGGCACAUACGUAACAUGAUUGUGUAUUGUAGCGGCCAUUCGUGUGUAGAAAUAGCAUAGUACUCGGUAGUUAUGCACUGUGGCCAUUCGUAGCUAAAGGGUUUAAAUACGACGAAUGUAAUAUAUCAAUACAGAAGGAAUCUUAAAUCGCGAAUUAUUUUGUAUAUUUUUUUUAUAAAAAUAUCAAAAAUAGAAAAAUUUCUCUGCUAUAUUAACGGUUUCAUGUAUAUUUAUUACUUAUAUAGCAAAAAAACUGUAUAGCUAAUCUUUCUUUGUUAUCACAAUGCUUUAGCUUUAAGGUACAUCUAAUAAAAAGUUAUACGAUUUUCUACUAUCAAAAAACUAUAUUGACAGUAUCAAAUGUUAAGUUGUGCUAUAUAAAAUUGUUGGUACUCUAUUCAGUUUAAAAUUGACAAACUAAUAAAAAUGAGUUAAAACAUACAUCAAGUUAAAUUAUGCAUAUUGCAACAGUAUUGAACUGUAUAACUUUCUUUGGCUAUUGAAUUAUUUUUAACUUUUUUCUAGAAAUAAACAACAUAAGAUGAAAAAAUUGUGAAUACUUUUUUUUAUAUGGAUUUAAAAUUACAAUGUAAUAUAGCUGAAACAGAUUAACGUUAGAAAUGUUGAUGCAAUCUUUGCGCGCAAGAGAGAAUUCUGUUAAUAAAAGUACUAACGGACUAUUUAGUAGUGAUUUAUCAAAUUUUAUUCUAUGUGAAUCUAAAUUUCGAAAAUUAAACUAAAUAGUCCCAAAUUUUAAUUCAAUUGAUGCAUGAUUUAAUGGAAUAAAACUUGUUCCUUUUUCAUUAUAAAAUUUUUAUUGUAAUCAAUUUGAAAACAGCAAUUUUUUAUGGUACAGCUUCUAAUACACGACAAAAUAUUUUAUAUGUGCAAUAUAUGUGAUGAACUAUGCUGAUGUACCUAAUCAGACAGAAUUAUUUUAUCAAACAAAAAACUUGAAAAGAUUAUAUUGAUAAAAUUAUAUCUAAUAUUGUUAUAUCCAUUUCAAAAGACUUGUUCAUUCUGAUUGUUCAUAUACUGUGCGAAGCAAUUGACGAAUAAAUUGAAUAAAAGAUGUGACAUUUUUAUAUUAAAAAUAUUUCUUUAUAAAAAUAGAAAUAUUUAUUUGUGUAAAUUAUUUACAACCACAAAUUUCUUUUGAAUUAUGUAUAAUUUUCAUAGACCUAGGGGCCUGUUCUUAACGAUGUUAUGAUAUUGAUUGCAUAGAGUUUUUGUAUCAUGUAAUAGCCGCGCAACGAUAUAACAUCAUUAAGAUUGCAGAAUAGACCCUUAAAUCUGAAAUGCAAAAAUCUAAUAUUUUUUAGAGUUUCUAUUGGGUUGUUACAUAAAUUUAUUCGAUUCUUUUACUUUUUUUUCAAUGUAUCAUUUGUAAUGUAUGUUUCUUUGAAAAAAAAGUAAAAGAAUUGAACAAACUUGUAUAACAAUCCAAUAUAUCAUUUGUUGGAAUCUGGUAUAUUUUAAUAUUCUAGCUUUCCGAAAAAGUCAAUUUUUUAAUAAGAACUGAUAUUUUUAACAUUAAAAUAUUAUAUUUUAGGGUUAAACUUACUCAACCUUGUGUAACAAAAAUGUGUUCUUUUACGGAAUGGUCAGAAUAAAUAAGCCUUUUUAAAAAUAUUACACUUCUCACAACAAGCAGCAUUGACACAUUGAUGAGAAAAAUAUCUCGAUAGUUUUUCGUUUUAAAAGGAAAACUUUUGUAAUUGACAAAAUAUCAAAACGCAACUUAUUAAGUUGUAUAUACUUUUGUAUAAAGAAAGAAGCAAAAGUGACUAAAAAUAUAUUCCUUCCUACUUAAAAACUGUUUUAUAAAAAGAUUAUCAUAUACGCAUUAUAUAUCAUAUGCAAUCUUUAUUUAUUGUCAUUCCUAUUAGUUAUACUUAACAUGCAAAUAAGUAUUUUCAUUCUUUAUCUAUACUUUAUCUUUGUAUUAUCCUGUUAUACUUAUUCUUUACGUAUAUAUUAUCAUUCUUUGUAUUAAUUUAUAUACUUUAAAUAAGCGGCCAUUUGUCAAAUUUGUAGAAACGAUUUAUCAUCGCGAGCGACUGAGAUAUUAAAAUAUUGUAUAUGUGUGUAUGAUAAUAAAAAGAAUGUACAUAUAUAUGUAUAUAUUUAUAUAUAUAUAUGAAUAUUUCCGUCGCAAAUCCGAAUGUACAAGUUAAGAACAGUUGGGCAUUGUAUUAUUCACCUUCGUUUUUAAGCGAAACUCUUAAAAAAUAUAUUUAAAUAAAUACAUUUAGACAAUUUUGUUCCUUUGUAGUUUAAUACAAGACGUGAUUCCGAGACGUUAAUUGAUCUCUUGUUUCACAUGUUUGAUAAUAUUUCGGCUUCAUUAGUUUCUUAAAUGAUCCUCAUAGUUUAAAAAGAGAAAAAUAAUAUAGACAUGUUACUUUUUUUA